AGUCCGGACGGAGCCCACGGAGCGUGAUGAACAACAGGUCUCUGACUCCGCAGCUGGAUGGAGCUGGAGGUGGAGGCGGCGGGUCGCUCGGAGCUGUUGAUCAUGAACUCGUCAUCACCUCUACUUUCGGGACGCUCCUGUCCGUGGUCUACAUUAUCGGGGUGUCCGGGAACGUGUACACGCUGGUGGUUAUGUGCCACUCCAUCCGCUUCGCCACCUCCAUGUACAUCUCCAUCAUCAACCUGGCUCUAGCAGACCUCCUGUACCUCUCCACCAUCCCCUUCGUGGUGUCCACAUACUUUCUAAAGGACUGGUACUUCGGGGAUGUGGGCUGCCGCAUCCUGCUCAGCCUGGACCUCCUCACCAUGCAUGCCAGCAUUUUCACCCUCACCGUCAUGUGCACUGAGCGCUACUUGGCCGUCACGCAGCCGCUGGACACGGUGCGGCGCUCCAAAAGCUACCGCAAGGCUUUGGCGUGGGGUGUUUGGCUGCUCUCCCUGUUCCUCACACUCCCCAUGAUGAUCAUGGUAGCCCAGACAACCAAGAAGACGCCGGACGGGGGAGUUAAGAGGAUGUGCGCGCCCACGUGGGCGCCUCUGGCUUACAAAGUGUAUGUGACAGUCCUGUUUGGCACCAGCAUCAUGGCCCCGGGGCUCAUCAUCGGCUACCUGUACGUGCGCCUGGCCCGGACUUAUCUGGAAUCGCAGCGCACCGCGGUGAUCAGCAAAGGUGGGAAGCGCUCCCCGAAGCAGAAGGUUCUCAUCAUGAUCUUCACCAUCGUGCUGGUGUUCUGGGCUUGUUUCCUGCCCUUUUGGAUCUGGCAGCUGCUGCCUCUGUAUCACACCAAGCCGCUGAGCCUUGCGUCACAGACGCACACCUGCAUCAAUUACCUGGUGGCCAGUCUGACUUACAGCAACAGCUGCAUCAACCCCUUCCUCUACACGCUGCUCACUAAGAACUACAGGGAGUACCUGAAGAACAGACACAAGAGCUUUUAUAAGUACACCUCAUCGUUCAAGCAUCGGCCUCCAAGUCUGCACUCCUGGGGCAAGUCAGGAUCCUCCAGCAACCAGUAUGAGUUUAACUCUGAGACGCUGGUUAUGGGGACGCUCAGGUGACUUACUGGGUGGAGGGAAAGACUCCUGAGAAAA